CAAAAAUUCGACCAUUUAUAUUCCUAAUCUGCACACAAAUACUUCCCUCUCUCUAUUCACUAUCUCGCAUCCAGCGAAAAGCACUUGUUUAUUACAGCACAAAAGCUGCUUAUGACAGGGGUUCGGGUAGCGACCUAGGGCGAAACCGGUGUUUGGUUGGACGGAAGUGUCAAACAUCCAAUGACAAGCGGAUUCUUGUUGCCACUGCGCUGAUCCACCGAAAUAUGGUUUAUCCAGCAGAAAAGACAAAUUGAGCGCACAAGGUGCCUCUGUUCUCGACCUCACUCUCCCCCGGACCUGACAGUUUGAAUAACUCGGUCGGAUUGACAUUUGCUACUGGCAGUAAAAUGGACUGGCUGUACCCACGAUUUCACAAGGAGUCCCUAGCUCAAACUCUCUGUCGUUUGGGAUUGUUCGUGAUCUGUACGGGAAUGGUGUUGACCAUGUCCAUGUAUCCCAUGCUGAGGGCCCUGUGUGUCCAGCUCCAUUCUGCCUUCAUGGGGAGCUAUGUACCUGGACACCACUCUGUCCUCCUCAUCAACUGCCCCAAUGAACAGGCAGCCAAGGACAUAGGCAGGUGGCAUGCUGGUAAAAAAAUAGCCCUUAUGGAGAGGAGGAUGGCAGCAUGCAUCAAUAUUCUGCCCAGGACUUCUACGAUGUAUUACUGGAAAGGAGAGAUUCAAGAUGCGACGGAAAUUCUGAUGUUUGUGAAGACGAGGACCUCGAAGAUCCAGAGGGUCACAGACUUUGUCAAGUCUGUCCAUCCCUAUGAGACUCCAGAGGUGCUGAGUUUUCCAGUUGAGGACGGGAGCCUGCCAUAUAUGAAAUGGAUGGACGAGGCCGUUCCUGACGACUGACGAAUCAGGGAGCAUAAUAUCCCCAAUGGUCUAUGAUCUUAUUGGAUGUGAAUCUCCAAUCGGUUGAUUAACUGGAGCGUUAGGCCACAGGGAUUGGCUGGGAACCAGGAAGCUUUGAUCGAGGGGUCCAAAGUUUAACUCAUGCUUUUGAACUCUCAAUCCACAGAUGAUAACUGUUUAGCUCCCACCAGAGGGGCAUACAGUGCCUUGCAAAAGUAUUCAUCCCCCUUGGCGUUUUUCCUAUAUUGUUGCAUUACUACCUGUAAUUUAAACUGAUUUUUAUUUGGAUUUCAUGUAAUGGACAAAAACAAAAUAGUCCAAAUUGGUGAAGUGAAAUAAAAAAAAUCACUCAUUUCAAAAAAUGUUAAAAGAAUAAAAUGGAAAAGUGUUGCGUGCAUAUGUUUUCACCCACUUUGCUAUGAAGCCCCUAAAUAAGAUCUGGUGCAACCAAUUACCUUCAGAAGUCAUAUAAUUAGUUAAAUAAAGUCCACCUGUGUGCAAUCUAAGUGUCACAUGAUCUCAGUAUAUAUACACCUGUUCUGAAAGACCCCAGAGCCUGCAACACCACUACGCAAGGGGCACCACCAAGCAAGUGGCACCAAAAAGACCAAGGAGCUCUCCAAACAGGUUAGGGACAAAGUUGUGAAGUACAGAUCAGGGUUCGGUUAUAAAAAAUGUCCAAAACAUUGAACAUCCCACGGAGCACCAUUAAAUCCAUUAUAAAAAAUGGAAAGAAUAUGGCACCACAACAAACCUGCCAAGAGAGGGUCACCCACCAAAACGCACGGACCAGGCAAGGAGGGCAUUAAUCAGAGAGGCAACAAAGAGACAACCCUGAAAGAGCUGCAAAGCUCCACAGCAGAAACUGGAGUAUCUGUCCAUAGGACCACUUUAAGCCGUACACUCCACAGAGCUGGGCUUUAUGGAAGGUUGACCAGAGAAAAAUAAGCAAACAUGUUUGGCGUUUGCCAAAAGGCAUGUGGGAGACUCCCCAAACAUAUGGAAGAUGGUACUCUGGUUAGAUUAGACUAAAAUGUAUUUUUUUGGCCAGCAAGGAAAAAAUGUCUGGAGCAAAACCAACACCUCUCAUCAACCCGAGAACACCAUCCCCACAGUGAAGCAUGGUGGCAGCAUCAUGCUGUGGGGAUGUUUUUCAUCUGCAGGGACUGGAAAACUGGUCAAAAUUGAAGGAAUGAUGGAUGGCGCUAAAUACAGGGGAAUUCUUGAGGGAAAUCUGUUUCAGUCUUCCAGAGAUUUGAGACUGGGACAGAGGUUCAACUUCCAGCAGGACAAUGACCCUAAGCAUACUGAUAAAGCAACACUUGAGUGGUUUUAGGGGAAACA